AUGUCUUCCAGCAACGACGAGCACCAGAACGAAGUCGAAGACGCAUCUCCCGUAGCCAAACGGAGGAAGAUGCAGAGGGCAUGCGACGUCUGCAGGCGCAAGAAAAGUGAAGGAGGACGCAUGCCGGAUGUCAAGUGCACCAAUUGUACCUCAUAUAGCCUAGAGUGUACCUAUGUCGAGGCGUCUAAGAAACGUAGGCACCCGAAGGGUUAUAUUGAAACUCUAGAGAAUAAAUUGGCCAAGAUGGAGUUACUGUUGCACAAGUUUAUGCCGAAUGCCGACAUCGACGAAGAGCUUACGCAUGCAGACGGCGCUGCCAAGGGGAGUCCAGCCGCUGACGCUUCAGGUUCCAAGCGGAACACCACGCAAGACAUGGCUACCUUUCCUAGUCCCUCGCUGUCGACCAUAGCGCCGCCACGCAUACAGCCUAGCGAUUUCUCUGAAGAUCACAUAACGGACGAAGAGGACAUACAACACGUCGCCCUUACGGACAGGCUAAGAUCCUUCGAUAUGGAACCUUCUGAAGUACGAUUUUUUGGCAAGUCGAGUGGUCCUGCUCUGGCACACACAGCCUUUGAGUUUAGGCGAGAGCUGGACGAAGGAGACAUCACCAACCUUAAGGACCAGUUCAAAAUCAUGAGCAGCAGGCGUGCCGAAUUUUGGUCUAAUAAUAUACGUUCGCUGAAUUACGACGAUAUCGAUCUGCAACCUGCUAACUACUCUUUCCCAGAGCCCGACUUCCUUAAUUACCUCGUUCAACUAUACUUCCUUAACCAAAACGUGUUCUGGCCUCUGCUUCACCGACCGACUUUUGAACGAUCUCUGGCAGCUGGAUUACAUCAUACGGACAGCGAGUUUGGAGCACUUGUCCUCCUGGUGUGCGCUGUCGGUUCACGCUACUCUGACGAUCCUCGCGUAAGGGCCGAUGACUCCGAUACGGAGUCGAAAACACGGCAUUUGAACGGUUGGAAAUGGUUUAUCCAAGUACAUCGAGUUCAUAUGUCGUUGUUGCGACCGCCAAACCUGUAUGACCUGCAAAAAUGCGCACUGUCUGUGUUCUACGUGCAAGGAUGUGCUGCGCCACACACUUCUUGGACGUUGGUAGGGACCGGUAUUCGCAUGGCCCAAGACCUCGGUGCACAUAGAAGACAUAGCAGGCCGGGUCAACCACGCAACGCCGAGGAAGAGCUACUGAAACGGGCCUUUUGGGUUAUUGUCUCCCUGGAUAGACUGAUAAGUCUAGCGUUAGGUCGUCCAUGUGCUAUACAAGAUGAAGAUAUCGACGCGGAGUUCCCCGUUGAUUGCGACGAUGAACAUUGGGAACAUCCUGACCCAGAACAGGCGUUCGUGCAACCUCCGGAUAAGCCGUCGCUCGUGUCCUUUUUCAUAUCCUACCUAGCUCUGAACAGAAUCCUCGCUUUGUGCCUUCGUACGAUCUAUUCUCUCAACAGAUCGAAAACUCUAUUCGUGUUCGUGGGGAAAUGGAAGCAAGACCUUGUCGCCGAAUUAGAUUCGUUCCUUAACAAAUGGGUUGAUUCCGUGCCUGACCAUAUUCGUUGGGAUCCUCAUCGCGAAAAUCAGAUUUUUUUCAACCAAUCAGUCUUCCUCUACUGCUCAUAUUACCACCUCCAGAUACUCAUUCAUAGACCCUUCAUUCCUUCGCCGGGAAAGUCAUCGCCCCUUGCUUUUCCCUCUCUUGCCAUCUGCACCAAUGCGGCUCGUUCGAUCAGUCACAUUCUGGACUGUCAACUUCGUAGACCAGAGAGUCCAAUGUACCAUUGCGCUAUGUCUAUCUUCAGUGCUGCAAUUGUUCUACUCCUGAAUAUCUGGAGUGGGAGACGAUCACUGGCAGGAAUAUCAUUCGACGAGAAAAAGGAGCUGAGUGACGUUCAGAAGUGCAUGAAGACCUUGCAAAUAUUUGAGAAGCAAUUGCCCUUCGCAGGUCGACUAUGGGACAUCCUUUACGAGCUAGCCUCUGUUGGUGAACUACCUCUCCCUCACCAAGCCGCAUCUCCCUCAAACAAGCGGGAACGCGAUUCUGACAGUCCGAUGUCCGUGGGAUCUCCACCGACCGACUAUUCCGACAUUGAUGCGGCCAAUCCCGGGAUUCGGCCCAUCAUAAGUAACCGGCGCGUAUCGACAACAUAUCAGCAAGACUUUAUAAUGUCGCCUGAUGAGGUUUAUACACACUCAUCUACUGUCGCUCAGAUUCAACAAUACUCGAAUUCGGUGUACACGCCUUUCACUAUGAGCGAGCCUUCCUCAUCGUCCUCUAGCCUGUCCGCCGCGGCUCAGUCUUUCUCGGAUGCCUAUUGGUUUGAUUCGAAUCAAACAUCAAAUAGCCAUCAUCAGCCUAUACACGGUCAGGAUCCGUCGGCUUCCCAGCAAAUGUUUGGUGCAUAUGAUGUUGCACCUCUCAAUGAUGGUUUUUAUGACCAAGCACAGUAUCACCAUGUUAUCCAUCCGCCUGUGGAUAGCAUACCUGAUCCUAUGGUAAUGAUGCCCGGCGGGCAGCAACAUGUGGGCAUGACGGACGGGUUUUCGCAACCUCUCACCGAUGCCGAAACUUUGGCUAUGUGGCCGACCGGAUUUGAGUGCGUAACUUGCUGA